UAUAAACACUACCCCUUCUCAAACUCUCAAAUACUCAUCGCCAAUGGCUCUUUCACACCAAUUUUCCUAUCUCCUCUUCCUCCUUCUAAUUCUCUUAUCUUCUCUCCCAAACAUUUCCCAAGCCACCUCUCGUGCCCCGAAUCGCAUGUUAGCUUUGGUUCAAAAACAACCACUUGUCCUAAAAUACCACAAAGGUCCCCUUCUUAAGGGCAACAUUACGCUCCAUUUGCUAUGGUACGGUACAUUCACCCCCACGCAACGCUCCAUAGUCAUCGACUUCCUCGAAUCCCUAACCUCCACGUCAUCACCUGAAUCCCCUUCAGUUUCCACGUGGUGGAAAACCACCGAGAGCUACAGGGGAGGCCCCUGCACCCUCGUCGUAGGGAACCAAAUCCUCGACGAGAAUUACUCCCUCGGAAAAUCACUCAAAAACGACAACCUCGUAGCUCUCGCGUCGAAUCCGAAACUAAAUUCGGCGCCCGGGGAUCGCGUCGUCCACGUCAUCCUCACCGCUGCUGACGUGGCGGUCGAGGACUUCUGCAUGAACCAGUGUGGGACCCACGGGAGGGGCAAGAACGGAAAUUCCGAAAAGAUCGCGUACGCGUGGGUGGGGAAUUCAGUUACGCAGUGUCCCGGGCAGUGCGCGUGGCCGUUCCACCAACCAUUAUACGGUCCCCAAACGCCGCCGUUAGUGUCGCCUAACGGCGAUGUUGGGGUUGACGGAAUGGUGAUAAAUUUAGCGACGGUUUUGGCUGGGGCGGUUACGAAUCCGUUUGAGGACGGUUACUACCAGGGGCCGGCGAGUGCGCCGCUUGAGGCGGUGUCGGCGUGCACCGGGAUUUUCGGGAAGGGGGCGUAUCCAGGCUACGCCGGGGACGUUCUGGCGGAGAACGCGACGGGGGUGAGCUACAACGCGGUGGGGAUGCGCGGCCGGAAGUUCCUUCUGCCGGCGAUGUGGGACCCACUCACCUCCACCUGCAAGACACUCGUGUGAGAUGAAUGUAAAGUGUAAAAAAUUAAAAAAAAAAAGUGACGAUAGAAUGUGGGUUUGUGUGCGUGUGAGAGAAGAGAGAAAUUUGCAAGUUGUGUCUAAGAGAGAGAGAUUUGCAAGUUUGCCUCGGACAGUCAUUUUUUUUGUAUUGUUAUUGUAAUGUUAGUUUAUGUGUGGUAAUAAGUAAUAAAUAAUAAAUAAUAAUAGAUAGUUUGGAUA